AACUCAGCUGGUGGAGCUUCGUGCGACCAACGACACCGUUUGGGCAGUCAGUGAAUUCAACGAACCGGCGGUAAGCACAACGCGAAGCGGACAAAGUGGAAAUUAUAAGGUCGCCAUAUAAAUAAAGUGAAAGUGAGAACAAAAACAACAAAAUAAAUACAAUUAAAAACAAAGUAAAAAGUGUUGGAAUUUUAAUGGUGACACACAGGUGAAUACACUGAAUAUUAAAAUAUCAUACAUUUUUAGAAAGAAAAAUAUUUAUAUCAAGCAAAGAACGAAAAGAAAUAUGAAACAGUAUGGCAAAAUGUGAGACAAUGAACAAAUAACCGAAAACAAACCAAAAAAUGUUAUUCAUCAAAUAAAAUACUAACUGAAAACUUUAGUGUAUUUCAAAAACUAAGAAAACUAAAUUUCAACCGACAACUACAAUAAAAAAAGCUAUAAAAAAGUUGAGCAGCCGCAGAAGACCGCAUCUGACGGAGGAUGAAAUGCCACACAUCAAUUACUCGUAAAACGACAAUUUCUAUGAAGACUGAUUUUGUUUAGUUAGAAACUAACAGAUAUACGAAACAACUGUGUAACGCACACAACUACGAAGACGCCUACGAGUGCGCACAACUAAAGGCGAAUUCAAAACCCACAAUAUGGAAAGCAGCGACAGACUGCUCUAUCGCAAGCGUUGCAGUACCAGCAUCGGCAGUAGUUGUACGAUGGAGCAGAAAAUUCUAGUGCUGAUGGCAGUCGUGAUUGCAAAUGCCUGUGUAGCAGGCACCAUACCCGCCACACCCGAAAACAUCACCGUCACCUUCCUCACGCCCACAACGGUGCGCGUCUCCUGGCAAACGAUGAUCGAUUUGAAUGCGCAUCCAAUCGAAAAGUAUAUUGUGACAUACAAGCCGACAGAUGACAGUUACAGGGUUGUCCAGGAUGUCGCCGGCAAUAGUGAGGCAAUCAUUUUAGAUCGUCUUUCGCCCAGCACUCAGUAUUCGAUAGCGGUGACGGCCAUUUGGCUUGGCAAGAAGUAUCGGAGCAGACAGAUCAUAUUUCGUACAUUGGAUAUGCCCAAGACAUCGUCACAGCAGGACUAUGCGCCCGGACAUACGGCCGGCGCGCUGGGAAGCCAAAACAGCGUUGGCAAUGUUAAUGCGGGUAUCGCCGGAGGUGGUGCGCCUGGUGCGGCCGGUGGAAGUGGUGUGGGGGUUGCUGGCACGGGGCUUAUCGGCGGCAAUCUGGCUAGCGCAGCGGCAGCAGCGAACGGUAAUGGCACGUAUGGAGACGAUGUAACGUCAACAGUGACGAAUACAAUGGCGCAACGGCCACGUGAAUUGCCAACGAUACGCGGCGUUGAAAUCGGUAUUGUGCUGAUUGUUCUGAUGGUGUGGGCUGGUGCUAUAGCACUAUUCUUCAACCGUUGGGGCAAAAUUCGCAUGCUGUUGCCCUAUCAACCGGACUACAAGCACGAACAGCUGAAGGUACCCGGCACCGGAGUGUGCACUGGCGCUGGCUGCAACGGCCAACAUUCGCAUCAGAACCUACACCCAGAUAUAUUCGUAAAGUCGAAAUCGAAAGCGGGUGGCGGUAUCAGCAGCGGCGGAGGAGGCGAACAUAAGCUGAGGCAGAAGCGUUUCACUCAACAACGAAGCAUAUUGAAGAAUUCAACAGAGCGUUCAAGCAAUCAGGAUGAGCAGGAACUGCUGGAGGCCAAAAAGCAAUUGAUAUUGCGGCGACGACGGCUCUUCAGUCACUACCGUCAGUACGAGCAGUGGCGUCGGCGUCAAUUCAGCUACGAUCCGUGCUACUAUCGCGCCAUACCGCUGCCAAUCGGCCAGGCGUCGACCACCAACUAUGCUGGCGGUUAUGGCAGUCAGGGGCAGGGCGCAUUCCGACGCCGCCGCCAGUACAGGCGGCAGUACUCGUGUGCCGAACGUGAGGAUUCGCGCGAGAGUCGUGAGUCGUCGUCGCUGCAUCGCUACAAGGGCGCCAGUGUGAUGGCUAGCGAAUCAUUCAAUACCGAUAGCGCUAACUAUAUUAACUAUGAACAACAACAACAAGAACAAUCACACCAACGGUCACAACAACCGCUACAGCAACUGCAACAGCGUGAAGAAUCAAUCGAACCCUACUCAACAAUGGGACGUCGCAGUCAUUUCCACAUGUUGCACGAGGAGCGCUCUGCCUCCAUUUCGGAACGAUGCACACGUAGUCGCAUCAAUUCGGCCAUAUUUGUGUCGUCCGAGGGCAGAGGAUUUGAUUCAAUCGAAUUUCUGCGUCGACACGGUUCGCAGAGUGUGCUGUGUCGGAAGGCACGCAGCGCCGAGAACAUCACCGACAAUGAGCGCAAGAAAAGUUUCUCCGACAAUAAGGGUUCGUGGCGCAACGAAGGGCAUAAUGACAGCGAUCCGAAUGCAUCGAACCGCAGGCAAGACGAUAUGGAUGGCAGCGCCAUUGAGCUACGCGAAUGCCGUCCCAAUGCCAACAAUUGCAGUGCAGGCUGCUGCGCCGAGUCGCGAACACUCUCCGUACUCACGACCAACACCAGCUGCGAUCAUCCAUCCACGUCAGCGGCCGCAGCGGCUUCAAUGGCCGCCACGAAUGUGGUUGUGGGCAGCAUUUCAAUUGAAACACCACCUUCCCACAUCAAAGAUGAACUGCACAACAGCACAGCCAGCAUCGCAGCCACAACCACCGCCAUCGUCGCUUUGCAGAAUGGCGAGAAGAGACAGCGUCCAAACAACUUUGCCGGCAUGUCGUCGAAGACUUCCGUCUCGCGCGAUUCCAACGACACUGUCGAGGAGUUAGUACUCGUGCCAACCGUCGCAGCCACGGCGGUGCCGUUGCCAGAGAUAGCCAUAACAAACCGUUCGCGUACGCUUGUGCGUCAGCGUUCCUCAACCGUCUCCAUUUCACCGCACCGCAGUCCCAAGACGCUAGCGCUAAAGCAUGCCAAACCGAAGAUCGCAGCGUUACCAAUGGUGUCGGUGUCGGGUCCAUCACCACCGCACGAGAAACCGCCGCCACAACCGCAAACGGAGUAUUUGUAACAAAUGGCAGCCGAAACAUUUAUUUAAGUUUAAGUGAAUGCAACGUUGACAUGGUAGAUGGGAGGCAUAUAUGAAGGGAAUGCAAGCGUGCGGCGCAGCAGCGGGGAAAGGACGGAUUUAAAGGCUUCUCUCGAUUCAAUAAGGCACAAAAUCAGCUGCUACCAUAUCCUCAGCGAAGUAUAUAAUUGGAAUCUUUCCUAUACUCUUCCUAACUUCCAGCUCACGUACUUAGCUCACACACUUACAAAUGUUUCGGCUAUAAUUGGAACAGCUCGUGGCCCACACGCGUUGGGCUUGUCUAUCGUCAAAAAUCUAACUAAAAAUCUCAAAACUGACUGAACUAUUCGUAACUACUGAAAAAACCGUUAGAAACAAACACAUAUGUACAUACAAGAGAGUGUACAUGUAGGUCUGUAUAUUUAUCAGAAACUGUUAAACCUUAGUACUAGAUAUUAGCUCCCAAAAUACAACCCGAGCCAUUGGUAGAUUGGCGAAAAGCUUUAACAAGUCACUUGAAAACUUUCAAGCUUUAAUAUUACAAAUACCGUUAAUACUGUUUAUAACAUUUUUUCGUCAUUAAUAUUUCAUUAUUGAUCAAUAUUAUUAGUGUAACAUACAUAUACAUAUGUAUGUGUGCAACUAUUUACCAUUUAUAAGUAUAUAUAUACGUAUAUAUGUAUGGAAUUAUUUAUUGUAUUUAUGUAAAUAUGUUUGUAUAGAUUUAAGCACAGCUGACAACAAAUUAUAUUAAGCAAUCGAAGGAAGUAACAACAACAACAUAGUCAUAGAAUAAUUGAUUACUAUCAUUACUUCUCCAUGUAUCCAAAAAGAAACACAUGCAAGCACUUGCUUAGGAUAGGUACUUAGGAUUUUAGGGAGCUUACAUUGUAGGUUUUCGAAUUGCGUUUCUUUGUGAAAUCCAAUAUAGAUACAUAAAUAGUGACUAGUUUUUUUAUUAUGUACUUAAAUAAUAGUAAAUAUGUGCUUAGAUAUGUAUUUGUAAGUUUUAUAUUCAUACCUACAUGGCUAAUAUCGUACAUAUAUAUACAAGAAGAUAAUAUUUAUAUGUAGCAUGACUUGUAUAUUUUGUAAAAGUGUUAAUACUCUAAAGGGAAAUCAUCUUGCAGGUGACAACUUCAAUGUUGGGUUGAAGCGCGUAAACAAAUAUAAAAAUUCUUAUGACAUAAACAUUAGGGUGUUCGAUAUGUUCCAAGUUGAAUGUUUCUUUCCAAAAGCCCACUGUAGUUUCGGAUUUUGCUUAAAAAGUAAGGAUCCAAUGUAAACAAGCUCUUUAUUUUCGAUUUAAAACGUGUCUCAAUCAUAUUUUUGUUCCGGAGUACAGAACAUUUGCUGCAUAACUUAAACUGCGUAUUAUGUUUAAGGAAUUAUAUACAGUUACUAUACCGGAAAAGACGAUUUUUUUUCUGAGAAAACUUUUAAAUUUAAUGAUAUUAAAAUUUGUUCAUACUAUAUUAAGGUGUUUUUAACUGUAUUUUAAUACUUAGUAUUAGUAAAAAUAUUUAUUUGGAUGGAACUAAAGCUGAUCUCCGGCAGCUCCUCUCAAAAAAGUAGUUUUACUCUGACCGUUAUAUCUCUGAACUGGAUUCUCUGAAAUUAAAAAACCAAACAGAUUGCAAUAAAUCUACAAUCGAAGAAAUAAGCAAAAUAAAAAUAUUUGACAAAAUGGCGGUUUCUAAAAAAAUCGAUUUUUGCACAAAAUUUCUGUCUUAAAUAGUUUAUAAAAAAAUAUUUAUUGGUGAGAAAAAAUCGUCGAAUAAUUACUAAAAAAUAUAUAUAAGAAGCUCGUGUUAGUUUGAGACUAAUCGGUUAUGCCGUUUUUGAGUAAUGCUGGUCACAGGCUUUGAAAAUUGAAAUGCACUUCCAAACCUUUUCGAAUUUUCGUGUAACUUCGAAAAUAUUCGCCGAAACAAUAUGAAAUUUUCGGUGUGUAUUCUUAAAUCUAUGUAAAUAAAAAAAAACUUGGUAAAUACGGACACCCUAAUGAAGCAAAAACUAGUAAGACUUUCUUCAUGAUUUUAAAAUUCGUAAUUUAUUUUUCAAAAAUGUAUGUCGUCCUCACAAAGACUCAAUGUAUUCGACGGUGCAUUAUCGUGAUGCAAGAACCAAAACUUGUCGGACCAUAAUUCCCGCCUCUUUUCGAAAAGCAUCAAUGAUUUUGCAACCAAUCCUGCUUUCAUUUUUCUUAGACCCAAAUCAUCUUCCAAUGAACUUUGCACUGAUCCUUCCGAUUUUCCAACGAUGCCAGUAAGAUCUCUAAGUGUUCAUCGUCGAUUCUCAAGAAUCAGUUUCUUUGUUUUACUGAAGUGUUGACCAUAAGUUGAUGUUGAUAGCCAUCCUGGACGUGGUUCGUCGUCAACGCGUUCUCCACGCUCUUUAAAUAAUUUGUACCAAUCAAAAACAUUUGCUCACGAAAAACCAUUACCAUCGAAGGACUUUUCCAACGUUCUGAACAUUUUGACCCAAAGACAUCAUACCGUACAAAAAAUUUAAUAGAACUUCUUUGUUGAAUAAUUUCUCUAAUAGUAAAAACCGCCGAGGGCACUUUAAGCACUUCAGAAAGACAAGCGUAUACUAAACAUUAAUGAUUCUUUUGAUAUAUUUGGCACAGAGGUCAUUCCAACCCAGAAAGAAAAUUAUUUCGACGAAAGGGUUUUCGGGCGAAGUUUAAAUUAAAAAGUCUUACUAUUUUUUGUCUAUUAUAGUAUACUGCAACAAUGUUCAAAAUUGACAUUUUUUAAAUAAAAUUGUCAUUUGCAAUAAUUUUUUUAUAAUUUUCCAAAAAUUAAUAUACAAAAAUUAUUUUCCGAAAUUUAUAUUUUAAUUUAAUUUUUUAAAUUUAUAGGUAUUUAAAAAGCUAUUUUUUUUUUUGUAAAUAAACAGUGUAGCAUAUUUGAAUUUUGUGGAAAUGAAGGAAUAUAACUCAAUCGGAAAAGAUUUUAAAUUUAUGCUUUAAUCAAAUGCAUAAAAGAAAUAUAAAUUAAAAAAAUAAAAAGAAAAAAACAAAAAAAAAUUAAAACUAUGAAAAAAUUUAAAAUUAUGUACAAAUGUAAGAAAUCGUAUAUGAAUUAUGCAUAUUUAUUAAAAUUACAGAAACAUGUACUCACAGAGGAAUUUAACGGCAUGUCAGGGCUCCAAAGGCAGGCCAAAAUCAAAGCUCAAGAAUAAAUCAUAAAUCAUUGCAACUUAAAUACAUUUAGAUAAAUCGUCUUUAAACACUACACACACAUCAGCAUUCACACACUAAUAAAUACUUAGAAAUUUAGUAAUAGAUAGAAGUUAGCAUCUAGUCCACUGAAUUAUUUGAAGUUUGAAAUGUUAAAAGCCAAGUAGGACCCUGACCCGAAACCCGAUUCGUAUAAAAUUUACAUAUAUGUAUGUAUAUUUGUAGUAUUUAUACCAACUCGUACUAGCAAACUAAUCAUGACCUAAACAAUAUCUACACGCAUAAAUACAUAUAUAAUAUAUAUUUAUAUACAUAUGUUUACACCUACUGAAACUUAAUGAAGAAAUAUGGUAUAAGCUUUACUCUCCCCUAUCAAAUAAAUAUCUAAAUGUAAGCAACAAGAUUUUAUGCACAUACAUACAUUUAUACUACUGUAUAAAAUACUGAAGUAUACAUACUUCACAGUGUUUAAGGAAUAUUUACGAGAAAUGUUCAAAAACACCUACCAAAUAUCACAGUGCAACCGAAGGAUUUGAUUUUUCAUAAAACCAAAGGAAAGAAUGUAAAUAUACAUAUGUAUGUAUAUAAGCAUGCACAUAGAAAAAUAAAUUCAUGAAUUGAAUGACUACCUAUAGAGCUAAACACAUGCAAGUAUAUACUAUACAAAGAGAGAAUAUUUCAAUAAGUAUAUUGCCAAUACUCAAUGUUUAUAAAAGAAAAUAGUUUUAUUGACAUCUUGGAGAACUAUGUAACAGAGCAUGUCAAUGAAAAGAUUGAAAUUCAAAUGUACUAGAUUUCUAUGCGAAAUCAUUCAACAGAUAAAGGAGAAUUUUAAAUAUUUUUUAUUGAUUUAUGAAAACACUUAAUUUAAAAAAGAAUAAUUUAUAAAAAAAAUUUAAUUUACAAAAAAAAAAAUUAGUUUCUAAAAAAGAAUUAAUUUACAAAAAAAAUUAGUUUCUAAAAAAACUUAAUUUACAAAAAAAAAAAAAACAAUUUAUAAAAAAAAAUAUAAUUUAUAAAAAAAUGUAAUUUAUAAAAAAUUUAGUUAAAAAAAAAAACAUUUUUAAUUUAUGAAAAAAUAUUUUUUUUUAACCGAAACGUACGUGUAUGUAUUUAUGUACAACCACAAAUAGUCUAUUCGGCAGUAUUUCCCAAAAUAACAGUAACAACAAAAACUCUGGCAUGAUAAGCUUACAUAUUUCUUAUUAACUGUUCUCUCAUUGGAACCCUUCAGAAUUCAAGUCUUUUCCACUACAAAGUAGAAAUAUUUUAAUUAUUAUUUUCUUCGAACAUGUCUAGAACAUGUACAUCCAAUGAAUAUAUAUACAUACAUAUUUAUGUAAUUCAGAUAUUUUCAUAGGUGUACUUUAUACUGAUGUAAAAGUUCCAAAAACAAUAAUAGAAUCUAAAAGAACAAACUAGAUAAAUGAAUUUGCGGUUUCAGUAUAAACUAAAUGUUAACUAAAGAGUUAUUAAAAACGAAUUUUUAAUAGAAACACCAACAAGUUUUGAUAAAACAAUAAAAAUAAUAUGAUGAAUUAUAAUGAAUUAACUUUUUUCAUUUGGCAGAUGCUCAAGCUCACAGGUCCAUUACACUUUGUAUUUGAUAAAAGCAAAGGAAAAGUUGUUCUUGUGGCCACCACAUUAUUUUGAUGUGAAGAAAUAUUAUUUGCAACGGUUUUAAUUUUAUAUUUAUUUUUUUUCAAUUUUUUAUUAUAUUUGUUUUUUUUUUCUAUUUAUAUAAUUUUUAUUUUUUUUUCUAUUUAUAAUAAUUUUCUAUUUCAAUUUAAAUAUCUGUUAUUUUUUUAUUUCUGAAAUAAGAAAUUUUUUGCAUUUUUCAAAAUUUUUGUUUAUGUUGAUUAUUUAAAAAAAAAUGGGUAAAAGAAAAAAUAAUUACGUCUCUGGUUUAUUCAACGAACAGCUGUUACAAGUAAAUAUUGCGAAAAUGUCACAUUUAAGUUACAAUUUAUGUAUUUAAACAAAAAUAUGUCAACAUAAAAGCCAUGUAUUACAUAAAUAUACAAUCACUCGAAUGUCCAUUAUAAGUGUAAUAAAAACAUUUAUUCUAAAAUAAUUCCAAAAGCUUUACCCAAGUCCAAUAUAAUGUCAAAAACAAUUGAAAUCAGUAUAAUAGUUUCGUAAUCACACUCAAAUAAAAAAAUUAAAAAAAAAACAA